CGUCAGGUGAUCAAUGUUCAUAACGGCAAGGAAAGUAGUGUGAGUGCGCCACACCAGAUUUUUUACUAUCCACUGACGACUAAAGUUUCAGCUUUUACAGUCAAGGAUGAAUUAUCCUCUAAAUGUCGUUCAUCGAGUUCUCCCAAGGAUGAGAUCUAGUGCAAUCGAAUUUUUAUAUCAUAAACCUACUAUGUUCCAAAUUUCGAGAAAAUCGUUAAGAGCUGUUUUCGAGAUCCGUUGAACAUAAAUAACCAUAUAACCAGGUAUGAAAAUAACCAGAUAUACAGAAACUGCUCGCUUAAUAUAAUAGGAUAUUUCCAAAUACUUGGCUGUAUCGGCAAGUUCUAUUACAGCUAGUAUAUUAUACUUGUUUAUCGAAUAAUUAUUGCACAUUUACAGGAAAAUAUGCAGUAUAUAAAUUGGAAAAUAGUGAGGCACAUCCAAGUGCUGUCUGGUCAGAGGCUGGCUGUCCUGUUUAUCCAGACUCCGAGCUGAGAAGCAGAAUGAGAAAAACACAGGGUACCCAUCUUUCUACCCUUGGAAGCUUCUCUCGAAUUCGUUCGUUGGAUUUGAAAGUUCAAGUAUCAAUGCCGAGUAUCACUCUUAUAAACAUCUGCGAAGAUGGUGGCGUGAAUGCAGCUUUAUAUAAGGUAACCAAUCUAAGGGCUUUCAAUGUUACCUUCAAUGAAGUAUUACUACUGUGGAGUGACAAUAAGGUUCAUUCACGAUGUAUUCUGAUGUAUGAAGUGCAGUUUUGUCCAGGAUUAUGUGAGGAAGAAGAUUUCAAACGAAUUAAUAGAUUGAAUGAUAAUUCCUUAUCAUUCCAUUUCUCUCGUUCACUGCCGUCAGGGACUUUAGAUUGUAAAGAGGAAGUGAUUGGCAAAUUUAGAGUUCGCGCUUCCGACUAUUGGAAUAGAACAGGACCAUUUUCAAGCAUACUACACUACAAAAAUGUUGAUCAAAGACAUUGAUACAUGUGACGAGAAAAUUCAAAGUGAAUCAAAACAUGAAGCUCUGUAGUGAGUAACAGCCUAAAGGCCUUUCCACACAGCACGUGGCGUGCGUGGCUGGACGCACGCCACGCCAGCCACGCUAGCCACAUGCCAAUUCACACCGCCACGACUGUUGCGAUGCUAUACCGGCCACGUAUCCCGUCAGUAUGCAGGAAGAUGUCAACUCCGACGGUUCCGUGGUGUGAAUCUGGAUUUUCUUGUGGCUUACCUUGGUUUGAUGACUCCAGCAGCAACAGUAGUAGUGAUAAUGAGCUGGUUUUAUUGUAUUCGGUGACAGCACGGGACCAGUGGGUACAUCCAAUCAAUAAAAAAAGGAAGACCUAUGGCGAAUUCCAUCAUUUAAUGCGCGACCUUGAGGCUGACAAUGAUAAAUUUUGUACAUAUUUUAGGUUAAGUUGUGACCAGUUUAAUGAAGUGAUGUCGAUGGUUGAUGGUGACAUAAGGAAGACCAAUACCACCUACAGGGAGGCAAUUGUAAUUGCAGGGAGGCAAUUAGUAUUUGCUUACCGAAUAGCAUAGAGCAGCACGGAUUAUUAGCUCUUUUACAUAAAUUUAGUGUUUUUCAUCAUUUUUAUUUUUUCAAUAUACAUUUAUGUUCCAUAAAGUGGAUUAUUUUUGUUUAAUAUUUGUAAUAUUGUUAUUAUUAUUCACAUCGUACUGUGUAUUUUCUUUCUUGAAUUUGUUUAUUUGUCUUUUUUUAUUACACUUAUAUGUUCCAAGAAUAUGUCAACUUAGAAGAAGUACUAGUUGACACAACGUUUCACGAAAGUAGUGAAAGCUGUAAGCUAUUUUUAAGAGGAGAAAAUGAUUUCUCUUUAUUCCACGUUAAUAUUCGUAGUAUCUUACAAAAUUUUGAUAGUUUAGUUGUUUUAUUGACUGAAUUAGAAAGUGAAUUUGAUGUCAUAGUUCUGUCGGAGACAUGGAUGAGUAGCAAGAAUUUUUCCAACUAUUUCUUACCAGGAUAUUCAACUUAUUAUACUGACAGAUUUGUGAACCAAAAUUCAGGAGUGGUAUGUUUCUUGAAGGAUACAUUGAUUAAUCAUAAUAUAAAAGAGAUUACAAUUACUAAUGCCAAUGCACUUAUUUUAGAGUUUACUAAGGGUUGUAAGAAGCAUGAGGUCAUUGCAGUUUAUAGAUCUCCAUCUGGAUGUCCAGAUUUAUUUAUGACAGAGAUUGGAGAAUACUUGGAUAAUAGAGGUAGUGAAACUUCCCACAUAGUCGGUGACAUAAAUAUCGAUAUAGCAUCUGAGAAUGACUCGUCGGUUUCAGAGCGGUAUCUAGAUUUUAUGUAUGAGAAGGGUUAUAUGCAGAUGAUUAAUAAACACACCAGAGUAGUGAUAGGGGGAUCUAAUACAUGUGUAGACCAUAUUUUUGUAAGAACGGUUGGUGACAUUAAUAUGGCACGCCCAAUUGUUCUUGAUUAUAGUAUAACUGACCACUAUCCUAUAAUGAUAAUUUAUUUAGCUCAAAAAUCUAAACCGAGCAGGCAUGAUAACAUGAGGGCGACUAAAACAAAAAUUAACCAAGAUAUACUGCUAGAGAGACUUAUAGGUGAAAAAUGGAAUCAAGUUAUCAAUACAAUAGAUGUCAAUGAUGCAGUGAGUGAAUUUUACAAGAUUCUAAAGAAUCACAUGGAUGAGUCCACUACUGUAACACCUGUAAAAGUUAGAUCUAAGCUACGGAAAAUAAAGCCCUGGAUCACACAAGGACUGGUAGUGUCAAUAAGAGCUAAAGAAAAACUAUAUUUACAAGCUAAGAAAAAUCCCAAUAAUGUUUCACUAAACAAUUAUCUUAAGAAAUUUCAGUCAAAAUUAAAAUCAUUGAUAAAGGAAGCUAAGCAGAAGUAUUAUCACAAUAAGAUAGAUAGAACACAUGGGGAUACGAAACAUAUUUGGAGGGCUACUAAUGAAAUACUAGGUAGAGGGGUGAAUCGAAAUGAUAUAAAAAACAUUAAUGUUGGGGAUAAUGCUUUGAAUAUGGAUGAACACAGAACGGAAAUAGUGAAUUAUUUUAAUCAAUAUUAUAUUUCCGUUGGAAAAACACUGGCUGAAUCCCUGCCACAGUAUGCUGAUGAUGUAGAUGAAUGGCCGGUAAUUACCAAUCAGAAUCGGCAGUUAUGCAACUUUAGAUUGAUUACUGUUAGCGAAGUUGCAGCACUCAUUAAUAGUCUUAAAGCGGGUGCCAGUCCAGGUGAAGAUAAUUUGAGCACAGAUUUUCUGAAGCAAAUUAAAGAGUUCAUAGCUGAACCGAUAGCACAUAUUAUAAAUUUGAGUAUUGCAACAGGAAUUUUUCUCAAUAGUUUCAAAAGUUCAAUUGUUAAGCCAAUAUACAAGGGAGGUAGUAAACUGGAAAUGGUCAAUUAUAGGCCGAUUUCCCUUGUGUCUAACCUUGCCAAGAUUCUAGAGAAACAUAUUAAAAAGUGUUUAAUCGAAUUUCUUGAAGAAUGUGAAGGGUUAUCUGAUAAACAAUAUGGUUUUAGAAGUGGUAGAAGUGCUGAGGAGGCGAUAGCUGAUUUGACUCAUAUUCUUUACAAUGACUUAGAUGAGGGGAAAAAAUCACUUGCUGUUUUCUUAGAUUUGGCCAAAGCAUUUGAUACGGUUUCACACCCUAGAUUGAUAAGAAAACUUGUGGAGAAGGGCGUCAAUGGUCUUGCUCUCGGUUGGUUCAGAUCCUAUUUGGGCAAUAGGAGUCAAAAGGUAAGAAUAAACAAUGUAUCAAGUGAGAGUCAGCAGGUAGUCUAUGGAGUGCCCCAGGGUACAGUUUUGGGUCCAUUAUUAUUUGUAAUAUACAUUGAUGACUUGUGCUCUAUGGACCUGGGUGAGAAUGUCCAUCUGCAGUCCUUUGCCGAUGACACGGUUCUGUGUGUAAAAGGCACUACAUGGGAGGAGGUUUAUAAUUUGACAGAAGAUAGGUUGGCGAGAAUAAAAUGCUGGUUAGAUGUGAACAAAUUAACUUUAAAUAGUAAUAAAACUAACUUCAUUGCCUUCUCUCUUAACAAGACUGGCCAGCCUCCUGCACUGGAUUUGCUGCUAAGAUCAGGGGAUUGUAGGACUGAUGGGUGUAGUUGCUGUGUAAAACUUAAAAAGGUUAACACCUGCAAGUUCCUUGGUGUCACCAUAGAUCAGAAUCUACGCUGGGAUGUCCAUGUAAAUAAUAUAACAAAAACUAUGAGGUAUUUGAUGAUCCAGGUUUCACGGCUAAGGGAUCUCCUUCCGAGUAGAGCUAUGCGACAGGUGUAUAUGGGGUUGGUGCAGGCUGUCCUCCAGUAUGGUAUUGUGGCAUGGGGUGCAGCCUUUCAUACAACUGUUGAACCACUUAAUAGGGCACAUAGAAUAGUUCUAAGAAUAAUGUUGAAAAAGGAUCCAUAUUAUCCAUCAAAGGAACUAUUUGUUACAGCAAGGGUUUUAAACAUAAAAAAGCUGUACAUCAAGGGCUCGAUUCUAUUCAUGUGUAGAAAGAAUAGUUUUACAAUGUUACCUCAUGCACAUCAAACUAGAAGGAUGGUGUCAGGAAUGGUAGAGGAGACAAGAAGGGAAACGACCACAGGGCAGCGACAUUUCUAUUAUCUGGCCCCAAGAUUAUUCAAUAAAUUGCCGCCAGAAUUAAGACAAAAAAUCAAUCAGAAAUGCUUCAAGUUAGAGCUUAAAAAAUUCCUUUUUUCUACUGAUAUUAACUCAGAAUUGGCAUUGCUUUUGAAUGCAGUUUAGUAUUGAUCCUGAAUAACUUCCAGUCUUGGCCUGUACCAGUACCUGUCUCAUAUGUUAUGAGAAAUGAUUAUUAUUCUUCUAUCCAUUUGGUAGAGAGUUAGUGGGGAGGAUAUUUUUAAUAUUCUUCCCAAAGAAUGGACAUUGAUAUGUCCAAAGCUCCGCCAAUUUAUGUAGAUGCAUAACAAUAUGAUUAUUAUCUAUAGUUAUUAUAUUACAAAUUGCUUUUUCAUAUCAUAUACAGUUCAAUAGUUAUUUUCUUAGUCUAUAUUAUGUAAAUUCAUCUAUAACUUUGCUGUAUUGUAAGCUAUUGUAUAUAAGUGUAUAAGCCAGUAUAUAUUGUAAUCUACAUAAAUAAAGUACUCAAUCAAUCAAUCAAUCAAUCAAUCCAUGUUAAUAAUUAUGUAUUGUAGAAAUUAUUGUUUUCAAAAUGUGUAAAUGAGUGCAUUUAAUGUUUGUUUCCAGAACUAUGAAAAAAGAAAGGAAGCAAUCAGUUUUUGUUUAUUGAAUCUAUUUCUAUUAUUACUUAUUGGCUAAGAAUUUGAGAUUAUAUUUCUUUCAAUUAUUGUUUUAUGUGUUAGUAUUGUUAUAUGUAAAUAUGUUUGAAUAGCUUAUGCUUGUAAACUACAGCAGUAGAAAGUCAAAUUUUUCUUUCUUGUAUUGUGUCUAUUGUUGUAAUGACUCCUCCUCUAAACAUGGACUUGUUCCAUAUUAGAGGGAGUAAUUUUCAGGGAAUAUAUUGUAAAAUGUACUUUCUGGAAAUAAAUUGUAAAAUAAAAAAAAAAUUAGUAGCAGAGAGUGACUAGCAAUUUGUUUGAGGUAAAAAAUUAUCCAACUUAAUUAGAAAUGAAAAGUGAAAGAGCAGCAAAAUAAAUUUUUGUUUUAAUUUCAAAUAUUUUGCCACACGGUUUGGUCAAUGGAAUUAAAUAAAUAUCCAGUUUCAA